AAUUAAGAGUUUAAGACCAACGUUUUAAAUGCAAAAAUAGAGUUUUGAUUGAUUGAUCUUUGUUUUGACAAAUCGUUUGUUCAGGGAAACUUUACAUGAGUACACAAUGAAGCAACAUCUAGUGAUUAAGAAAGUCUUAAAAGCAAUGGCUAGAUCUUUGGAAUUGGAAGAGAAUUGCUUUCUAGACAUGUAUGGAGAAAAUGCUAUGAUGGAUACAAGAUUCAACAUGUAUCCUCCAUGUCCGAGGCCGGACAAGGUUAUCGGUGUUAAACCGCAUGCUGAUAAGUCGGCUUUCACUCUUCUCUUGCCCGACAAAAAUGUCGAAGGGCUUCAGUUUCUCAAAGAUGGGAAGUGGUAUAAAGCUCCAAUUGUCUCUGCAGAUACAAUUCUGAUCAAUGUUGGAGAUCAGAUGGAGAUAAUGAGCAAUGGGAUAUACAAGAGCCUGGUUCAUAGAGUGGUGACUAACAGAGAAAAAGAAAGGAUAUCUGUUGACUUUUUCAUUCCAGGUGCAGACAAAGAGAUUCAGCCUGUGAAUGGGCUUGUGUCCGAGGCACGACCAAGAUUGUAUAAGCCUGUUAAGAACUAUGUGAAGCUCUUAAACAAUUACUAUCUACAGGGUUUAAGACCAAUCGCAGCGUCGUUGAUCUGAUCACACUUUUCAAGUCAUGAAUCUGUUUCUUUCAUGACUUGAUCCUUUAUAAGAAUAAAACUGUUCCUUUGUUUGUUGGAAUGUGAGACUGCAUUGUGUUAUUUGUGUUACAAUCCUGAGACAAGAAAGAGGGUCUAAAAUAUAUGUUCCCACUUAUCAGUUACUGUUGAAACACAUGAAGCCAAAACAUACGAAGUUACUUAACUUCCAAAUCCAGCUCUAACCACGAAAACAGAGUUUAACACUAAAACUUUCAAGUUCUUUAAAUCUAUAAAUAAAAAAGUUUCAUAUUUCGUUAUUGACUUCUUUAAAAGAGAAGAGAUAAAUCUUUACCUCUUACUCUGUUUCUUCAUUCUCGAAAUAUUUCAACAAUGACUUCGUUACCAACGAUAAUGGACGUGAU